AGAGAGGGGGAGAGAGAGAGGGCGGCUGCCGGGUUGGUAGUGGUAAUAUAUCUCUAACACUCGCUUCAAGCCAGUUCUGAGAGAAUGUCCUUUGGCAUGACGUUAGUUACUUCAACUAGAGCAUGACUCUGUGUUUAUUUACACUUAAAUCUCCUGUAGUCUACAUCUGCCAACACGACGUAAAAGCGGAUUUUUAGUGCCAUACAGGGGUACAUAUUAAGGUCGGUGGGAUUCACACAGGAGAGAAAAGUGCAAUUACAGCUGAAGUGAGAGAAGAAGUUUCCCAUCACCGCCGAGUGUCUCUUAUGCAGUAUUACGGUUGUUUUGGACGUUGCGGGGUUUGAAGUUGGCGUGCUUUAAUCAAGGCUGUGGGCAGUGACGGAAUCCGGGUCAUGAUGGAGAGUGCCCUGACAGCCAGGGACCGGGUGGGUGUGCAGGAUUUUGUCCUGCUGGAGAACCACACCAGCGAGGUGGCGUUCAUUGAGAACCUCCGCAAACGCUUCAAGGAGAACCUCAUUUAUACAUACAUCGGUUCAGUGCUGGUGUCUGUAAAUCCCUACAAAGAUUUGGAGAUCUACACUAAACAGCACAUGGAGAGAUACAGGGGUGUCAAUUUCUAUGAAGUGUCGCCUCACAUUUAUGCAGUGGCUGAUAAUGCAUAUCGCUCCAUGCGGACUGAGAGACGGGACCAGUGCAUCCUCAUCUCGGGUGAAAGCGGUGCCGGCAAGACUGAAGCUUCCAAGAAGGUUCUUCAGUACUACGCUGUCACCUGUCCUGCCAGUGAUCACGUGCAGACUGUCAAAGAUCGCUUGCUACAAUCCAACCCUGUGCUGGAGGCCUUUGGAAAUGCAAAAACUUUAAGAAAUGACAAUUCCAGUCGCUUUGGGAAAUACAUGGACAUUCAGUUUGACUUCAAGGGUGCUCCAGUCGGCGGUCACAUCCUGAACUACCUGCUAGAGAAAUCCCGCGUCGUGCACCAAAGCAACGGCGAGAGGAACUUCCAUAUCUUUUAUCAGCUCAUCGAAGGAGGAGAGGACGAUCUGCUUAGGAGACUAGGCCUGGAGAGAAACGCCCAACAGUACCAGUAUCUGGUCAAGGGUAACUGUCCUAAAGUGAGCUCAAUUAAUGACCGCAAUGACUGGAAGACAGUGAGGAAAGCCUUGAGCGUCAUCGGCUUCACUGAUGAUGAAGUGGAGGAGCUUUUGAACAUUAUUGCCAGUGUGCUACACUUGGGGAAUGUCCAGUAUGGAGGAGAGGACAGCGGCAGUGCCUACAUCACUACAGACACACAGAUUAAAUACUUAGCCAGGUUGUUAGGCGUGGAUGGCACAGUUCUUAAAGAGGCUCUAACACAUAAAAAGAUUAUUGCCAAAGGAGAAGAGCUGAUGAGUCCUUUAAAUCAAGAGCAGGCCGCUUCGGCGCGGGAUGCUUUAUCUAAAGCCAUAUACGGGCGGACUUUUUCUUGGCUGGUCAACAAAAUUAACGACUCUCUGGCCUUCAAGGAUGAGUCAUUUAGCAGUAAGAACGCUUCUGUCAUUGGCCUGCUGGACAUCUAUGGUUUUGAGGUCUUUCAGAACAACAGUUUUGAGCAGUUUUGCAUCAACUAUUGUAAUGAGAAGCUGCAGCAGCUCUUCAUUGAACUGACCCUGAAGUCAGAGCAGGAGGAAUAUGAAGCUGAGGGAAUCACGUGGGAGCCUGUGCAAUAUUUUAACAACAAGAUCAUUUGUGAUCUUGUGGAAGAAAAGUUUAAAGGAAUCAUUUCCAUCUUGGAUGAAGAGUGUCUCCGGCCUGGAGAUGCCAGUGACAUCACCUUCCUGGAGAAGCUUGAAAACACUGUCGGAGGCCACGCCCACUUCCUGACGCAUAAGCUUGCUGAUGGAAAAACCCGUAAAGUGAUGGGUCGUGAGGAGUUCAGACUGAUCCACUACGCAGGAGAAGUCAACUACAAUGUGAAGGGCUUCCUGGACAAGAACAAUGAUCUCCUUUUCAGAAACCUGAAGCAGGUCAUGUGUAUGUCUGAAAACAAAAUACUCAAUCAGUGUUUUGACAGAGAAGAGCUCUCAGACAAGAAACGCCCAGAGACGGCAGCAACCCAGUUCAAGAACAGCCUGGCGAAGUUGAUGGAAAUCCUGAUGUCUAAGGAGCCAUCUUACGUGCGCUGCAUCAAGCCUAAUGAUGCCAAGCAAGCAGGGCGUUUUGAUGAAGUCCUUAUUAGACACCAAGUAAAAUAUCUUGGUCUGAUGGAAAACCUUCGGGUGAGGAGAGCUGGCUUUGCAUACCGGCGUCGCUACGAGACCUUCCUACAGAGGUAUAAGUCUUUGUGUCCGGACACCUGGCCAAACUGGGACGGCCGUCAAGUGGAUGGUGUGUCCACACUUGUCAAGCACCUCGGCUACAAGCCCGAGGAGUACAAACUCGGCAGGACCAAAAUCUUCAUCCGCUUCCCCAAGACCUUGUUUGCCACUGAAGACGCACUAGAAGUCAGGAAACACAGUCUUGCCACCCAACUUCAGUCAUCCUGGAAGGGCUACAGUCAAAAAACCAAAUACCAAAAAAUGCGGCACUCGGCUGUCUGGAUCCAAGCCUGGUGGAGAGGAAUUCUGGCCCGCAGGGCAGCAAAGCGCAGGAGAGAGGCUGCCGACACCAUUCGCAGGUUCAUUAAAGGCUUCAUCUACCGCCACCAGCCGCGAUGCCCAGAAAACGAGUACUUCCUGGAUUACGUUCGCUACUCGUUCCUGAUGAAUUUGCACAGGUGCCAGCCUAAAACAGUUCUGGAUAAGAGCUGGCCAACACCACCUCCAGCACUGGUCGAGGCUUCACAGCACCUCCGCAAACUCUGCAUGCAGAACAUGGUGAGGAAGUACUGCAAGAACAUCAACCCAGAAUGGAAGCAUCAGAUGGAGCAGAAAGUGGUUGCGAGUAAAAUCUUUAAGGACAAGAAGGACAACUAUCCUCAAAGCGUCCCAAAACUUUUUGUGAACACAAGGCUCAAUGGUGAGGACAUCAAUCCUAAAGUGCUGCAGGCUCUGGGAAACGAAAAGAUGAAGUAUGCUGUUCCAGUCAUUAAGUAUGACCGAAAAGGAUAUAAAGCACGCAACCGACAGCUCCUGCUCAUGUCUGACAGUGCCGUUAUUGUGGAGGAGGGCAAACUCAAACAGCGGAUCGACUACAACUCACUGAAAGGGAUUUCUGUCAGCUCUCUGAGCGACGGCAUGUUUGUUUUUCAUGUUGCUUCUGAGGACAAUAAGCAGAAGGGUGAUGUGGUGCUUCAGAAUGAGCAUGUCAUUGAGACGUUAACCAAAGUGGCUAUCUGUGCUGACAAGAUGGACGACAUUAACAUUAACCAGGGGAGUAUAAAGUUCGAUGUGGCACAGGGAAAAGAAGGGAUCAUAGACUUUACAGCUGGCUCAGAGUUGCUGAUAGUCAAGGCUAAGAAUGGACACCUUUCUGUGACCGCCCCUCGCCUCAACUCAAGAUGAUGGACGAGUCGUGACCAAGCACUUCCAGAUACGCUCCUUAGUUCUUCAAUCACAUGACUACAGGCGGAGCUUUUCUCCACCAAUCAGACGCCGGCCAGCCAGCCGCACCAAAGGCCUCUGCUUUCAGUUGCGAAAAUCCAGCAAACUUAUUUAUGUUUUGGGGGAUUAAUACUGCUAUAUGAAUAUAUGAUUUUAUAUGUCGAAGCCAAGAAAUAACAAUAUAUGUAUGUGCAUUUUUUCAUCUUUAUCUAGCUUAUUUGGGGGGUGUUGAAUGAUUUGUUAGAGACGGUGACCUCAGCCAUGAUCACGAGGUAAAUCAGGGUUCACAAUUAGCUUUGGUCCUAUUUAUGAUUCUUUUUGCAAUCCAAACCCACUCAGAACCAGUACACAUUUGCUUCUGUCACUAUGAUUUGAGUUAUUAUUGCUUGGUAACUCAAUCAAAUGUUCAUAGGAAAGGUAUUAUGACUUUUUUGCAUAGAAAAGAUGACUUUCAGAUUCUGUUGAACCUGUUUUACACACUAUUUGUGCGACAUAAUUUCACUCACAUGCCUAAUAAGUUAUUAAUAUUAGUUGAUGUGAGGGAUGUAAAAUAAGGAGAGCAUAUGCCAAGUUUAAUGAAUGUGAUUGUGUGUGAUUUGUAUGAAAAGGCUAUGAAAAUGAUUGGAUUUUAUUUCUUUUUCUAGAAAAUCAGCCCUAUUGUGAGUCGUAAUUCAUAAACUACUUUAAAGGAGCACUCUUUGUUUUUGCAAAUAGGCUCUUUUGGAAUUUUUACAAACCCCCUAUAGUUAAACAGUUGCGUUUUACUAUUUUAGCUUAGCAUAAACUAUUGAAUCGGAUUAGACCAGUAGUAUCUCGCUCAAAGAUAUCAGAAAAGAGUUUAGAUCAUUUGACUAUUCAAAGCUAAACCUUUCUAUAAUUAUAGUUAUAAAGACCUACAUAAAUUGAAAAGUUGAUAUGAAUUUUUUUAAUGAGAUGCUAAUGGUCUAAUCUGAUUCAAUGAUUUAUGCUAAGCUAAGCUAAAAGUGCUCCUGCCAUACCCGGAUAUAGGCUGAAUGAAUUUCAAAAUGGUAACUCAAAACUGUUUGACUCUUUGAAAGGUGAAGAGUUUCAGAGAGGUGGAGAGGCCUCAUAAUGUUAGGAUUGGAUUUAGAGAGUAUCUUUGAUAAGGGAAAGAAAUGGGAUGAAAUACAGUGAUGGACAAUUGAUUCUUAAAUCAUUCAGGAUUUUUUUCUCCUAAUACUUUGGCCACAAUAACCUCUCUUAUUAAUGUCAUUUCCCCAUGUUAGCAUUACUCUAAGUUCUUCAUGAAGCUUGUGUCAAUUGUUAGCUUUAAUGGUAUAAAAAUUGUACAUUAUCUAUUGUGAUUCAUAAUUCAUUGCCUACUUUAAAGGAGCACUGCACUUUUUUGGAAAUAGGGUCAUUUUACAGGCCCCCUAAAGUCAAUCAGUUAAGUUGUACUAUUUUUGAAUUUAUUAAAAGAAGCACUUUUAGCUUAGCUUAGCUUUAAUCAUUGAAUCGGAUGAGACCAUUAGAAUUUGCUCAAAUAUUUUUUAAAAGAGUUCAUAUUUUUUAUGAAAUAAAUCUAAAUCCUAUGUAGUUACAUCGUUUAUAAGACCAACAUAAAUUGAAAAAUUACUAUGAAUUUUUUUGAGCGAGAUGCUAUGGUCUAAUCCGAUUCAAUGAUUUAUGCUAAGCUACGCUAAAAGUGCUCCUGCCAGACAUGGUGAUUGGCUGAAUGGAUUAAAACAUGGUGAAACUCAACUGUUUAACUCUAGGAGACUUGUAAAAUGUUUCUCAAAAAGGAGGAGCGUUCCGUUAAUUUGAAAACUGACAUCAGUAACAAUUUUUUAAUCUCAAAAUUGUGCCUCAAAAGGGUAAGAUUGGAUUCAGAGAGUGUCUUUGAUAAGAAAAGAUUCCCAAAUCAUUCAGGCUUUUUGCUCCUAAUCCUUUGGACACAAUAAUCUCUCUUAUUAAUGCCAUUUCCCCAUGUUAGCAUUACUCUACGUUCACAAGCUUGUGUCAAUUGUUAGCCUUAAUAGAAUGGAAGUUGUGAGUUAUCUACAGUUAAUAUGGAACUUGGCUUUCUUAUUUUUCUGAGGCAGGUUUGUGUAUAUGUAGAUAAAAGGUAACAAAGCACUACUAAAUGCUCAAAACCAAAUGUAAUAUGUCAUUUUUGAAACCAAAAGUGAACUGUGGCACCUAACGCUGUUGGUAGCACAGUUAUUUGAUUUUGCCAUUGAGCAUGUGCCUAUCAUCACUAGUGUCAUAGUUGACGAUGCUAAAGAAAAGAAAAACACUGUAAGAAAGACACACGAUUAAAUAAAGUCAAGUGCCGCAUGUAUUUAGAGCAAAUAUCUAUUUUUGACAUUUAUUAAAACAAGAAAUACAAUACUAUUUGCAUAAGCUCUUGGCCCAUUAAUUAAGAUGUAAUUCACAGUUUGUGAGUUUGUUUUAUACUUUUUGUGUAAAAAAGAAAAACCUGGAAAAAUAUAUAUGACAUUUUGAAGCAGACUGACAAUGUAUCUGAGCAUAUUAAAGCUGAUUAAAAGCUGUGAGCGUCUGGUUUAUGUAUAGUUUUCAUUUGAUAAUGACAAUAAUUAUUAUUUGGAAUGGAGAGAGUUUGGAUCAUUUUCAUAUUUAAAGCUGAAGUGAAAUGAAUUGUUUUGAGUGAGAUGCUAAUGGUCUAAUCUGAUUCAAUGAUGUAUGCUAAGCUAAGCUAAAAGUUCUUCUACCAGACUGAAUUUACAAAAUGGUAAAUCUCAACUGUUUAACUCUUUAAAAAAAGGUGAAGAGUUCUUUAAUUUGAAAAUUGAGGUCAAUUACAAUUUUUAUUCUAAAAUUUGUGCCUCAUAAUGUUAGGAUUGGAUUUAAAGAGUAUGUUUGAUAAAAAAAGAAAUGGGAUGAAAUAAAGUGAUGGACAAUUGAUUCUCAAA